AUGCAAUCAAAGUCAUCUUUCCCCCAACAAGAAAAAAGGACUUGCACCCAGGUGUUUUGGACUGCCUUUCCUCAUGUCUGCUUCAUCUGCUUCCUAGUGAUCUAUGCUUUGCUGGGGGCUCUCAUGUUUUCUCAUGUUGAAGGCAACAGAGAGAGCAACGAAAGUGAGGCAUAUAGGACUUUUAUGCUGCAUCUCUGGAAUCUCUCAAAGGAUUUGUCAGGAAAUGAGACCUCAAAUGAGAAGUUUAAGGAAAGAGCCCAUGAGCUGAUCAACAAAAUUAAAUUGCACUGGUUUACCAAUCCCAAAAAGAAAUGGUCUUUCUUGGGCUCUCUGUUUUUCUGCUGCACAGUGUUCACAACAGUGGGUUAUGGUACUAUCUACCCUGUGACAAGACUUGGGAAAUACUUGUGUAUGCUGUAUGCUUUAUUUGGCAUACCUUUAAUGUUCCUGGUUCUUACUGAUAUGGGGGACAUAUUAUCUACAUCUUACAAUAAAAUCAGACAACUGCACUCAAAAAUAUUCACCAAAUGGUCUUUGGGAUCCUUUUGUAAGAAAAACAGAGAAUCAAAACCAGGAUCAUCAUCACUUAGGGAGAACAAAAUAGUCCUUCAUGAACCUUUAACUAUUACAGAAGUGCUAAGAAGUCAUUCUUCCCUUAAAAGGAAGCCUGGUCAACAUAAUAAUGCCAUAAUGUUUGAAAUGCUUAUUGCCAAAGAAAACCAGUUUCUUUCACCUCCAAAAAUACAACGAUGUCGUUCAUGUCCUGAACUAGAUAAAGAGGCAGUGAUGGAUCAUGUUGUUGACAAUAUAGGUAAAGAAGUAGAAAAGCUGGAUGUGCCAUUUUUGUUGAUGACUCUCAUUGUCUUUGCCUACAUUUCCUGUGCUGCUGCCAUUCUUCCACAUUGGGAAGAUGAAUUAAACUUUGAGGAUGCUUUCUAUUUCUGCUUCAUCACCUUAACGACCAUUGGUUUUGGUGAUAUUGACCUGAAGCAUCCCCACUUUUUCUUGUUUUUCUCAUUUUAUAUCGUGAUUGGCAUGGAAAUUGUCAUGAUUGCUUUCAAGAUGGGCCAAAACCGGAUCAUUAAUCUGUACAAAAAACUGAUUAUCUAUAUUGGUCAGGAAAAUGUUCCUCACAAAAUGGUAUGA